AUGUCCACAUUCUAUGGUGGUGGGCACCACAAAUUGUUGUUGUUGUUGUAGUAACAGUGUGUGGUACACUGAGGCGGCAGCCCUUGCCGAUGAAGGAAUUCAUCGGGUCAAUCCGGUACAUACAACCGGCUGCCAUGGGAUUGAUUUGUUGAAUUGUGUUGAAUACUGGCGUUUUAGAAAGAUGUGUGGUUACGGGCAACGCAACUUUAGAAUAGUUUUCAUAUGCUAUUCUGUAGCAUAGUGUUUCAUGGAAAACUUAUCUACAGCGAUAAGCCUGUGCAUUGGAUAGUAUUUUAAUGUUGAUGUAUAUAAGUACAGAAAAAUUAUUUGUUUUUUGGCAGUCGGACAGCGAAGGGCGUGCGUGACGCUUGCACAAAAAUGGGACGAAAUUUGGCACACUAUGGCCGACUAUUUUCAGCUGGAUUUGCAUGAGAGUUAAAGACGUUACAUCUUGGGUUCUUACAGGAACUAGGCGUACUUUUAGCAGCGGUGUUAAUUUGCAUGGUAAUGGAAACACCGGUAGGAGCUGAAGACAAUAAGCAAAUAAUCGUGAACGGUCGAAACGAAACAAUUGAGACGAAAAUCCCCAGCAGUUCAAUUGUGAUUCACACUCAAAUUCAAAACUACGAAAAUCCCUCGUUCAAAGAGUACGAGGAAUGCCAAAAAAAUGCCGCGAAAUGUGCUAAAGUGUGUGCAGGUACUAAAAACAAGGUGGAUUGCCUGAAACAGUGUCCAAAGUGUCCAGUUCUAAUGGUGGAAGAUCUGGUGGUACAGGGUCUCAAUGAUACCAAAGUAAGGCCUGCGAAACCUCUUAAUACGACUAACGUGAUACGAUUGACAAACCAAAUCCACAACAUUAUCGAUAUGAAUCAAGGGAAUAUCACAGUCAGCAACAACAACACCAUCCAUAGUAGUGUCUCGAGGACAGGGGGGCCGUACGGCUUGGGCUUCAAUAACACAGAUCCGUGCUGCAUAGUUUUGAGCCAGAAGAAAAUUUGCGAUUCACAACAGUUCUCUACGUCGGCUCGUUGUCACCAUAAGCGGCACAGGGUUUGCGGCCAACAGUGUAAGAGUCGUGUUAUGGUAGCCAAAAAAGUCAAUAUAUGCGACGAUUUGGAUGAGUCUAAUUGGUCGGAUGAAGUACAGUGCCGACAAACCGUGAAGUAUGUGCCGCAUGUGUCACAUGUGCCACAUGUGUCACAUGUGCCCCAUGUGCCAAAUGUGCCAUAUAUACCACGUGUGCCAAAUGUGCCAUAUAUGCCACAUGUGCCAAAUGUGCCAUUUGUGCCAUAUAGCUAUCCAAGCAGAGCUGUACACCGAUGCGGUCCGAGUCAAGUGUGGCCCUUUGUAAGAUGCAACAAUCAGGGCCAAAGUUUUGGACAUUGCAGUAAUUGUCUUAGACUACCUUUUGUAUUCUUAUUGCGCAAUGGGAUUCCCAACGGCUGCAUUUCCUGUUUUAGCGACUACAGCCCGCCACAUUUUGACGGCGGCUACAUGUUUAAUUACCAGCCACAGUAUGGCGGACGUCCUCCGCUAGACGUAUAUUCCGAUCCACCCAUCAUCGAUGACAACUUAGAUGUUGAUGAAUCAGGCGGAUGGAGUGAGGUAUCCAGAAAAAUCCUUCUACCAGAUGGUACUAUUAAUAGUAUUCCCUCUGGUUCCGACGGCUGGCUCGAACCAGAGGGCACUAUGCAUUUAGACGGUAGUGGGGAGAACAUCGACCUCAGCCCAAAUUAUAGCUUGGCGGAUGUGGAAGAUGACUUUAACGGCUAUGGUGACCCCGAAGAUUUUUCUCGCUCCAUGGUUCGCAGACGCCGAAAAGCUUUUACACGAUCCAAAUACAGUCGCAGAUAUCAGCAUCAAUAAGCGCCAGCAAAAGCAAGCAAACAAAGAAGGAGGAUAACUCAUU